AUGUUUGUAUCUUUUAAAGGAGUUAUUCUCUUGUUGCAUUCAUUCUUGAGCGCCUAUAUAACAGCUAAAGAUACUGUAAAACCAAGCGAAAACGCUCCAAAAGAAAAACUAGUUACAAUCUGUCAAAACAUAGGAGAUGAAUUCUUAAAACCGGAAAAUAAUAUCCCGGGACUAGAAUAUCUGGGAACUGGAUACAAUAUACUUAAAGCAUUGCCAUUUGGGAGUGAUGAAAUGUACAUAGAUCCGGGAUACAUGCAGCCAGUUAUUCAGUUCAAGUGGGAAUGCAAUGUAAAUAAAAGAAAAAAUACUCCAAUUGGUGUUUGGUUUAGGCAAGAAGCCGCGUGUCAUAAAUCACAUAAGUCUAGAAAACUUGACUCUAGUAGCUCGCUAGAAGAAAUUAUCUCAGAAGAUAUAACGACUUCUUUUGGGUCUGGGGAACCAUUGAUAAAGGCCACAAAAGAAUUCAACAGUUUAAAACAAUGGGUAGAAGAACAAAACUCUGAACUUGUGGCAUAUAAAACGUACUGUGCCAUAUACAGCACAGGAAUGAUUCUUUCUCACAAGUGGAACUUCUCUGCUGGAUUCGAAGCUGUUAUUCAUGAAUUGAUGGAAAUUCUAAAAAAGGAUGGCUGUAAGUUGGCUGAAAAUGAUUCUGUGUGUAAAGAAAUUAUUGAAAAGUGGUUUUUCCUUUUUGAUGAAUACGGAACUCAUACGCUUACAAGAAUUACAUUUGGUGGGAAAAUAAUAAAUUUAGAGAAAGUGGAUGCUCAAAAUGCAAAAAAUACGUUGAACAAUAAAAAUGCAAGACAGGUUGAAAUUAAUGCUCACAUCGGAAGUAUAAACUUCUCAUCCAAUGAUGAGAAGAAGGAAUAUAAUAGUUUUUCAAAAGAGAAACAAUAUUCUAAAGUGUAUAUUAUAGGUGGUGACUCAUUUGACGUAAAUCUUGACGAUAAAUCUUUCGGGAACUGGAUAAGAACAGUAGAUCUUAAUCCAAUGCCUAUUAGAAUAGAAACAACUCCAUUAGCUCUUUUCAUUCCGAAUGAACUCCAAUUAUCAUAUUGGAAGGCAUUUAAUCUCUAUAAAAGAUGUGGAUAUGAUAUUCUCAGCGGAUCAUCCGUGGAUGAAAAAUCGUCUUUUAAUGUCAAUAAUUAUCGGAGUCCAGUUAUGGAUUCGUAUUCUUUUGGUGAUUCAAACGACGACUUUGGCAUAUGGAUAAGAAAUGAAUUCAUGUGUAAUAUAUCUAUAGAGGAAACUAUAAUAGAUAGUGAAGAAAACUUGGUUAAAACGUUAGAGGUUAAUAAUGAAGAAAGCUAUUCAAAUAUAUGGUCAAGCCAUUAUAAAAAUGAAGCAAUAAAUGAUGACCUUCUUGACACUCUAAAACGCUACAGGAAACUUUUAAUUAAAAAGUAUCAAUGUACAGUCUAUAGUGCCGGGAUAUCAAACAUAAAAGAGAGAAAAAAUAUGAAGUUACUUCAUAAGGUUAUACAAGAACUUGUAGAAUCAUGUAAAGGGAAUUUUGACACAAGUGAAUGUCCACCAGAUUUGUAUCUAAAAGACCCAUAUAAUCCUAAAUGCUCCAGAUGCAUAAUGCCAUUUAUGAAAUUUUUUAUAGAUUAUGGAACUCAUGUUACAACAAAAAUAACAAUGGGUACUACAUGUAUCGCAAAUAUUCUGAAUUCAGGAGGUAUAAUUCGAAAGUUCCUGAGAAAGAAUAGCUACGAUUCUAAAAAUAGAGGCAAAUACACUAACAAGACAACGAUAGGAAGUAGCACAUUUUUCGGAUUAAUCAAUAGUGAAUCCGAAGAUCUUGAUGAAAGGUCCUCCAAAUAUGAUAAUUCUGGAGAUACAAAAGAUGUUUAUACAUUCACCAUUGGUCCAGAGCCUUCAAGCCCAGAAUUAUCUAAUGAUGUAUUAACAGAAUGGGUAAUGUCCGUUUCUAAAAAUCCAGCUCCUAUAAAAGUUGAGAUUUCUCCAAUUGAGGAGAUUGUUAGUGAUAGGGAACAUUUUAAAAUUUUAAAAUCAGCUCUAGAAUAUUACUCUAGAACAAAGGGUAAAGAUGUUGUAAAUUCUAACUAUUUGGAAAAUACAAUGUCUAAGCUUAUCAAGGAAGCAAAUAAUACAAUUUUGCUUAAAUCGGACGUGAAUAAUGAAGUUUGCUCAAACGAGGAAAGGAUACUUUAUGGGUUUGGUGUUACAUUUAACGCGGAUGGAGAAAUUUUACAAGCUAAAUUAUGUUAUUCAGGACUGUAUGUAUUGUUAAAAAUUGAAUAUAUUUGUAGGAAUGCGUGUUUAUUGGAGUCAUCCAAGAGCGUCUCGUCAUCAUUCGUUUGGGCCGCAUGCCACUCUACUAGGCUAUAUAAUUUCCAGCAGAAGCUGGUAAAAGGACUAAAUGGAAACACAUUAUGGAGCGAAGCUAAGUGCUCUGGAAAAAUGGUUAUUGCAUUCGGAAUGAUCUUGCGUUUUAAAGACGAUAAUGAUAAGAUCUUCAUCAGAAGAUGCAUAUCUGGGGGAAAAGUGUGUGGAAUUACAAACUUGGGUCCGAACGGCAUUAUAUGGAUCAUUUGUGUACCUCCAAAUAGUCUGGACACAAGGGUAAUAAUUAUCGUGAUUGUAGACCAUUUGUAG